AUGGCAUUUCACUCUUUAAGCAUAGUGUCAGCUUCUCUUGUAAAUGCAAGCAUUGCUGGUGGCUUUAAAGCCAAAGGAGCAGGUGUUGGUGAUGUGUUUCGUGCAUUAGCUUGUGCUUCCCAUGAUAGAAGAAUACCUAUACUUGUGUUUGAUAUGAAUGGAGUUGGUUUACACCAGGCCUCCUCCUCUUCUAGUCUUCUUAAAGAGCUUAAUCUAAAGGUUGGGAAAUUGUCUAUUGGUGACUCUCUAGCUAUGUCCCCACAAGAUGAAAUAUCUAUCAUUGCAAAUGAUGUUACAAUUAAAGACAUGGAGGGAGUUGAUGUUGCCCAUGUGGCAGAUCUUUUGAAAGUCACUACAAAUUUUGUAAAAGCUACGAUUGAUAUAGUUGAUGGAGAGAAACCAACUGCAAAGGAAUUCUUGCAACAUUUGGUACCUAUGACUGCUGCAUUUGGUCAACCAGGUAGUGAUAAAUGGAAGAUAGGAAGUGUGAAUUUGAAGUGUGCAAUUAAGGAAGGGGGAAUAGGCUACUACCUGGUUGUGAUUGGCCGGUGCUUCUCACGUGCAUCAUGCUUUCUCACCCACGUCUGCAGCGUGCCCGACGAUUAA